UCUAACCCUGUCGCCUUUAUCACUGGUGGAUGCUCUGGAAUCGGACUGGCACUAUCCCGUCAUCUCCUAGGCAAAGGAUGGCAUGUUGCCAUGAUAGAUCUUCAACCGCCGCCUGGCCAAUUCCAUCAGCAUGGCGACUCAACAUUGUUUCUCAAAGCAGACGUGUCGUCCUGGGAGCAGCAGGUAGACGCCUUUGCCCAAGCCUUUGAGUGGAAGGGAAGGUUGGAUAUGGCUGCCCUGAAUGCUGGGAUCGAUGACCGCGACGACAUCUUCAACUCGGUCGACCCAGCCACUCUGCCGAGAAAGCCCAACAUGUCUCCUUUUGACAUCGACCUUCUUGGCGUUUACUACGGCAUCAAACUCUUUGCCCACUAUGCAUCCCGUAACCCAAACCCAGGAGGCAAGAUCAUCAUGACGUCCAGUGCCGCGGGCCUCUACGGCUCUGCUGGCAUGCCGCAAUAUGCGGCUGCCAAGGCCGGCGUUAUCUCCCUGGCACGGUCACUGGCGAGACCGGCUGCACAGCACAACAUCACCAUCAAUGCAAUCUGCCCGAUGAUGGUCAACACCCCACUUCCCCCGAGAGCCUUUCUGGAAGCUUUUCCUAAGGAGCAUAUAACACCGAUGGAGAUUGUAAUU